AUGACAGCUUACAUCGAAGUCGCUGCCAGUUGGCUCUUCAAGAACUACAAGGGUCGAGAUGCCAAAGCCUUCUUCACGACUCCUGCUUUCGCCCAACAACCAGAGCCAACACUAUCGGUCACAUCCCCAGAUUGUGGCCCAGACGGUGCAACGCUCGGAAAAGAGUAUAUGCAUGGAGGCCAAGGAAAGUUUCCCCAGCUAGAGUGGAACUCUCACGAAGGUGUAAAAGAAUGGUUGCUCGUAACGGAAGAUCCAGAUGCGCCGUUACCAACGCCUAUUUGUCACGGGCUAUAUCUGAGUAUUCCAGUUCAAAAGACGAAUGUUGUCAAUGAAGACUUUCAGUCCAUGAGUGAAACCUCUACCAAACUCAAGGGAGGCUUCUACUACGGAGCAAGUCGCAGCGAGAAGAUUUAUGUCCUGCCACGACCACUCAUCAACCACGGGAUUCAUCGGUACUGGUUUGAAGUCAUUGGCUUGAGUGAGCCAUUAGAUGAGAAGUUGGUAAUCUCAAAGCCGACUAGAGACCAAGUUGCAGAAGCCAUCCAGGGCAAAGUCGUUGUUUGGGGGAAAUGGACGGGCCAGUGUGAGAGGCGAUGGGAAUGA